AUGGCGGUGGACGAGGCGGCCGCGGCGGCCAAGGGGAAGAGCCUCGGCGCCGCGGACCCGCGUCUGCAGGGCAUUUCCGAUGCCAUCCGCGUCGUCCCCACUUCCCCAAGCCAGGACGCCGUGGACAUGUUCGUCGAGCGCUACCGCGGCAUGGGCAUCGCCGCCGUCGCAGGGAUUGAAGCCAGAGGAUUCAUCUUUGGCCCAGCCAUUGCGCUAGCCAUUGGAGCAAAGUUCAUACCACUACGUAAACCUAAGAAGCUUCCAGGUGAGGUAUUUUCUGAGAGUUAUGUACUUGAGUAUGGGAUGGAUUGUUUGGAGAUGCAUGUUGGAGCUAUUGAACCCGGGGAGCGCGUAGUGGUUGUUGAUGAUUUGGUUGCAACUGGUGGAACUCUUUCUGCUGCAAUAAGACUUCUUGGUUAG